AUGGCACCAGCCGUUAUCUCGGCGAUCAAGAGCUGCAUUGCCCGUUUUGGCAUACCGGACAUCGUCCGGACCGACAACGGACCGCAGUUUGUGUCCAACGAGUUCGCCGAGUUUGCGCGGUCAUACGGCUUCCGUGACGAGACCAGCAGCCCGAGGAACCCCCAGAGCAAUGGAGAGGCAGAGCGCAUGGUGCGCACAAUGAAAGACUUGCUCUUCAAAGGUCCUGAUCCCUACCUUGCCUUACUGUCGUACCGCGACACGCCCGGUCCCAACGGUAUUUCCCCGGCUCAAGCCCUGAUGGGACGGAAAUUACAAACUCGUCUCCCGAAACUACCGGAACAACUGGUGCCGUCGUUACCAUGCCACACGAGUUUCAGGGAAAAGGACUCGUGGAAGAAGGCACGCCAAGCGAUGAACUACAAUCGCCAUCAUGCUUCAAGCCAAUUGGCCCCUUUGAGUCCUGGAGACUAUGUAUGUGUCACUGACACACGCUGUAGUGGUGAAGUACUCUCACAGGCUCAGCGUCCACGGUCCUACCUGGUUCAGACCCCCAGAGGCGUCCUUCAGCGUAAUCGUCGACACCUGGUAUUUCAUUCAUCGGAAGCGACCCCACCUCAACUGGCAGCUUCUCCGCCUGUCACUCCCGAGAUCAUGCAGCCUGCAGCACCUCGGGAAGAUCCAUCGCAGACGGAAGUGACACCGCAGGAAACGCUGACACAGACUCGCAGCGGUCGGACUUGUAGGGACCUGUCCCAUAAAGGGUGA